GCCAGCAUCUCUGAUGAAUUAAUCCAUUGAUCGAAGACCGAGGCGUUUGGAUUAUCCUUCCAAUCGCAUUUUCUGCCCCAACCCUUCCCACUCUCCUUUGGUACCAGCGUCGGCCAACCCAAAGAGAGGAAGAGAAUGUCAGGUCUGUUCGGAGCAGGAACAAGGGCAGAAGCAGAAGAAUGAAGCCAAGAGUCUCAAAUUGCGCAUGCUGAGAGAUGAUAUACACGCCCUGGCGAGACUCAGAGUGUAUCAGAUAGCGCUCGGUCUUGGGGGGGUUAACACACAGAAUCCCCGUAUGGAUUACGGAGUACGCACCUAAUUACAAGUGGAAAGGAGCAGACCCUAGAUUUACUUACCUCUUCCUAAACGCUAUCUUAUUCGCAUUUGUAUAGCUGCAAGCAGGAAAAAAAAAAAAAAAAUAUAGAAUAACAACCGACUCCGUUUAUCAGACAUCAAAUGCAAUACUAAUCGUGCUCUCGAAGGGCAACUACUACAUUCAUACCGACGGCGAGCGACAGCAUCGACCAAGGAAGAGCACACAAUGUCCUGCAAGGCUGUCCCGCCCCCCUUCCCAACGACACACAUGGCUAUCCUGUUACUAACCUCAACCUACUUUGACCUUACUCGACAGUCCUCACCACGACCGCCCGCGUGACCCACGCCUCCCGCCUGCCUCCCGGCGUGACGCGUGCCCAAGCGCUCGCCAUGCUCUCCGACCACGAGUUCUUCCUCUCGUGCGACCCGCACCUCGACAAGUACCAGCUAAUCCCUCCCUCCGACCACGUCAGCCUGGGCCCGCCCCGGGCCAUCCCAGAUCACGUCAGAUCGCGGCUCCGCCCUCGAUCCCAGUGUCCACCCUCAGAAGGGUUCGACACAGCAGCCGGGAAAGAUGAGGCAGAAGGAACGAAGGAGGAGGGCGAGGAGGAACCCGUGCCGGUAUGCUACCGCGUGACCGACAUCGUGCACGCCGUCCCCGCGGGGAUCUGGGACACGAGGGUGGUGAGCACCUACGAAUUCACCGACACGCAGGAUGGGCUGUUUGUGCGCAUCCGAAGCCCGCUGUCGAUCGUGAUGGAUACGGUCUGGGAGGUGCGGGAGGCGGCAGCACAAGCGGGUGAGGCCGCCGGGUUGGAGCUGGUCGAGGACGUCACGAUCCAGUGCUCCAGGCUACUUGUCGGCAUCGUGAAGGGCCAGUGUGAAAACGGAUGGGGCAAGAUCCACGCCAAAAUGAUUGCGAGGCUGGAAGGGGAGAUCGAAAAGGGAAGUUGAAGAGGCAAAAUGCAGGAUGAUCUGGUUUAGCAUAUCCGGGUCUAAUCAAUGCCACUCUUCCGAGACGGAUCUUGGGCA